AUGGACCCAAAUGCCACCCAGUCUUCGCACACAUAUACCCCCAUUCCCCAUUCCCCCCAGCAAGCCCAGCAAUUGAACUCCCCCAUCACAAUGGACUCCGUCAAAGGCAAAGUCUACGCCGUAACCGGCCUCGGCGGAAUCGGCCUAGCCGUCGCCCGCCAGCUGCACGCGCAAGGCGCCCUCCUCUCCCUCGCAGACCUCAGCGAGACAGUCCUCUCCGCCGCGCGCACAACCAUCGAGACUGAAUUCGGCGCUUCAACGGCUGCAACGAUCACCACUACCGCGCUGGACAUUGGCAGCGCGGCGGCCGUGAAUGACUGGAUUGCCGGUACGGUGGCGCAUUUCGGGCGGUUGGACGGCGCGGCGAAUAUGGCUGGCACGAUUGGCAAGAAGCAUGGGACGGGGAGGUUUGUUGACCAGGAUGAUGCGGAGUGGGAGAUGUUGAUGCGGGUUAAUGUUACGGGGUUGAUGUUUUGUAUGCGUGCGCAGUUGAAGGCGAUUAUGCAGACUGCUCCUGGGGGGAAGGGGAGUAUUGUUAAUGCGUCGAGUAUUCAGGGGUUGAAGGGGUUUGCGUUGCAUGCGGGGUAUUCGACGACGAAGCAUGCGGUUGUUGGGAUGACGAGGUCGGUUUCUAAAGAGGUUGGGCCGGAGAUUAGGGUUAAUGCUAUUGCGCCUGGGAGUAUCUUGACGCCUUUGCUGGAGAAGGCUAGGGAGAUUCAGGGUGAGAUUAGUGACCCGCCGGCUGCGAUUCCGCGUCAUGGAACUGCGGAUGAGGUGGCGCAGACGGUAGUGUUUUUGCUCAGUGAUGCUGCGUCGUAUACUACUGGGCAGGUUGUCAGUGUUGAUGGUGGAUGGGAUUGA